UAAAACUGCCCAGAAAGCCCCGCCCCCUAACAGAGUCAUUCGGCCUGUGUGAGAUCACCGGUGUUUAGCCUGUCUCCAAUCUCUCCGUUUUAAAUACGUGAGUGUCAGUGUGUUUCAUCUGGAUUACGUAAACGGCAGAAUGAAGAAGAGUUAUGUGCACGCGCAGGUCACGCUCCUGAACUGACUCACACGAGCGAAAUGAUGACGGAUAGAAGAGAAACACUCAGGAAGAGAGAAGAAAAAGAAACGGAACAGAAUGUUUAAAGGACACACACACUGAGCUGAGAUCUGAGAGAAAUGGGCGACGUCGUGGAGAGUUUGGACCCUCGGGACCUCGACUUUGGUGUCGAGGAAGUUGAAGAUGUGGAUUUUGAUCCUGGCCAGUGCCACAUCCCGUUUUCGUCCGUGUACAGGACCGUGGGGUUUAAGGAAACUGGAGCUCAAGUGUUUCUUGCCACUGAGCCAAUUACAGCCCGAGUUCUGGAAGUGGAGCGAUUCACCAGGGCCAUGGACCGAUUUAACCCAUCCAGCAGGAGUGCGUCCAAGGCCAUGCCAGCCGUGUUCCAUAUCGAGCUGAAACACGGAAACUUCACCUGGGUUGUAAAGAGGAAGGAAAAACACUUCAUCGAGUUACACAGAGAGUUACUACGCUACAAAACCUUCAUAAGGAUUCCUUUACCCACACGCAGUCACACUGUUCGCAGGAAGAGUGUUGAUAAGAGCGAGGUGCGGCAGAUGCCCAUUUUACCUCGUGGGGGGAGAGAGGAAAUCAGCCGGGACGAGCAGGUGUCCAGCAGAAGAAAACAGCUGGAGGAUUACCUGAACAAACUGCUGUGCAUGGCCACCUACCGCAAAUACCACGCUACAAUGGAGUUUAUUGAUGUGAGUCAGAUGUCAUUCAUUCAUGACUUGGGCCCGAAAGGCUUAGAGGGGAUGGUCUAUAAAAGGUCAGGAGGUCACCGCAUUCCUGGCUUGAACUGUUGUGGGCACAGUCAGAUCUGUUACCGCUGGUCCAAGAGAUGGCUGGUGAUGAAGGACUCGUUCCUCAUGUACCUGAAACCCGACACCGGCGCCGUGUCCUUCGUCCUCCUGGUGGAUAAAGAGUUCAGUGUUAAGAUGGACUUCAAACACACCGAGACCAAACACGGCGUGAGGAUCGACAACCUGUCCAGGUCUCUGGUGUUAAAGUGUAGCAGUUACAGACACGCCCGAUGGUGGGGGCAGUCCAUUGAGGAGUUUGUACGGAAACACGGCCGGGCGUUUCUCAGGACGCACCGCUUACUCUUCGCCAAAGAACAGGAAAACAUCCCCGCCAAAUGGUAUGUAAACGGUAAGACUUACAUGGAGGACGUAGCUGAUGCCCUGGAAGAAGCAAAAGAGGAGAUCUUUAUCACAGACUGGUGGCUGAGUCCGGAGAUCUUCCUGAAGAGGCCAGUGGUGGAAGGGAACCGCUGGAGGCUCGACUGCAUCCUCAAGCGCAAAGCGCAACAAGGUGUGCGUAUCUUUGUGAUGUUGUAUAAGGAGGUUGAACUCGCUCUCGGCAUCAACAGUGAAUACAGCAAGAGAACACUGAUGAACCUUCACCCCAACAUCAAGGUAAUGAGGCAUCCUGACCACGUUUCCUCCUCUGUCUAUCUCUGGGCUCAUCAUGAGAAACUUGUCGUGAUCGACCAAUCAGUGGCCUUCGUCGGGGGAAUCGAUUUAGCGUACGGUCGCUGGGACGACCGCGAACACCGACUCACCGACGCUGGGAGUGUGACUCGCUCCACCGCUCCGGAUCAGGUGGACGGUUCGCUGCUUUCCUCCGUUAACAGCUCCAGAUCGCUCGAUUUAACCAAACUUCCCAAACUGAGGGGCGUCGGCCGAACGAGGAAGUCCCGCUUCAGCCUGGUCAGGCGCCUUCACAAACACGGCCUGACGCACACCGCCAGCGACAGCAGCGUGGACAGCGAGGAGCGAGCCUCCGUGCACAGCCUGCAGACGGGUGUAGGUGAGCUGAUGGGGAACACUCGGUUCUGGCACGGGAAAGAUUACUGCAACUUCGUCUAUAAAGACUGGGUUCAGCUGGAGAAACCCUUCGACGAUUUCAUCGACCGCUACACGACUCCCAGAAUGCCCUGGCACGACAUCGCCUCGGCGGUUCACGGGAAAGCGGCAAGAGACGUCGCUCGCCAUUUUAUACAACGCUGGAACUUUACCAAGAUCAUGAAGCCAAAGUACCGCUCUCUCUCCUACCCCUUUUUAUUGCCCAAAUCUCACAGCACGGCUAAUGACCUGACGCACCAGGUGCCCAACUGUGUGAACACCAGAGUGCAGGUGUUGAGGUCAGCAGCUGAUUGGUCAGCGGGUAUAAAAUACCACGAGGAGUCGAUACACAGCGCCUACAUCCAGGUCAUCGCAAAGAGCAAACACUUCAUCUAUAUCGAGAAUCAGUUCUUCAUCAGCUGCGCCGAUAACAAACAGGUUUACAAUAAGAUCGGAGACGCCAUCAUUGAGAGGAUCAUCAGAGCUCACAAAGAGAAUAAGAAGUUCCGUGUGUAUGUGGUCACUCCUCUGCUGCCAGGGUUUGAGGGUGAUAUCUCCACCGGAGGGGGCAGCGCACUUCAGGCUGUCAUGCACUUUAACUACAGGACCAUGAACAGAGGAGAAUAUUCUAUCAUCUCUCAGCUGAAGAAAGAGAUGAAUAAUCAGUGGAUGAGCUACAUCUCGUUCGGGGGGUUGAGGACGCACGCUGAGUUGGAGGGGCGUCUCGUCACGGAGCUGAUUUACGUCCACAGUAAGCUGCUGAUCGCAGACGACUCCACAGUCAUCAUCGGUUCUGCGAACAUUAAUGACCGCAGCAUGUUGGGGAAGAGGGACAGCGAGGUGGCCGUGAUCGUGGAGGACAUGGAGAAGGUGCCGUCGGUGAUGGACGGACAGGAGUACCAGGCGGGAAAAUUCGCCCUGCAGCUGCGGCUCGAGUGUUUCAAGACGAUUCUCGGCGCCUUCUCCGAUCCCUCCAUCGACGUGAGCGAUCCAGUCAGCGACCGCUUCUAUAAAGAGGUCUGGAUGACGACGGCGAGCCGAAACGCCUCCAUCUAUGAGAAGGUGUUUCGUUGUCUUCCCUCCAGUUUGGUGAGGAAUCUCCAGGAGCUUAUGAGCUUCCAAACCAAACCCGGUUUGGAUAAAGAAGACCCGGCUAAAGCUCAGGAGAUGCUGAAGAAGAUCCGAGGCUUCCUGGUUCAGUUUCCUCUCGACUUCCUGAGCGAGCAGAACCUCAUGCCUUCUGUCGGCACCAAAGAAGCCAUGGUGCCUACUGAAAUUUGGACCUGAUGACUCCGACACGCAGGAAGAUGAAGUGACUAAUCAGGACAUGUUUCAAACAGUUCUUCAAAAAGUGCCUUGAUGAACAUCUGCGCUUUAUUUUAUAACACAAAUGGCCAGUCGCAGUGUGUUCGGGUUCAGUGUUUACAGGAGGGACUGAAAGUCUGAGUGUAGAGAACAGCAAAUCUUUAAUUUCCUUGUAGGAGCAGGUCGCUUGGGUACGCGGCGUUUUUAACCGAAAAUGAACUGCAGCACCAUCACGUUCGGGUUCUUCAGGGUUUAUCGCUUUACCUGAGGAGCCAGAACUAGUAGAAACUAGACUGAGGUUCAGCCAGUAACACAGCUCGCUCGUUAUCUAACUGAGGCUAACUAGUGAGUUAGUCAUGUAAGCUAGAUAUAAAAGAUACGGUAGCAUGUUCAUUUUAAUCACAGAAGGACUUGUGCACGUUAGCUACGUUUCUAGACGACUUCCAUGGAGUUUUGUUCUGGUAAACAGAGCCAUGAGAGAAGGACACGUCUUACAGUUUAAUUUCAGUUCAUAAGAACUUGAAUGCACUCACACUUUUAUACCUGACCUGCAAAAUGGUGUCUCAUUAUUUUUCCUUUCUUCUAUAAAUCCUGUUUGUAUGGUUUUUUUUCCGUUUCCCUGUAAAUUUUUAUUAUCUGUAGCGUUUUUGCACACUUUUAUUUCUUUGAUUUGUUUUUGUUUGUCUGUGUAAACUAACAAAUCAAUUAAACAUUAUUAUAAUAA